AUGCUCCCGCCUGUUGAUCCUGUUGUCCUGCAGCGCAACCCCAACUUUGAAGUCCUGUACAAGGAUCUUUGCUCCCGCAAGCUCAACCCUAAUGGCUCGACAAGGGACACGAAGAAGCAGCGCGUACACGAUGAGAUACGAAAGAGUCUCACAACGGCCCGCACCAACCUCCUCGCUUCUCAAAUUCUCAUCGACUCCCUCUCCGACCUCCCCUCCAAAGCAGCACAUCUCCCACCAGAUCUCCACCCAUGCAUCGAAACAGUAACCGCCCAACUAAACGGCCAAGUCGCAUCUUCAGACCGAGAAAUCCUUUCUGGCGACAUAGCCCUCUUCCUCGACGCCCUAGGCCCAAUAUCCGCCGCGCUAUCCACGCAACUAAACCACACAGCAUCCCUCCUAUGCACCAUAGCAGAUCCACAACACCAAAUAUCUACUACCAGCCUCCCCGCCAAAGCCACCGCCCUCCAAAACGAAGCAACACACGACCUCCCCCACGCCCUCGCAGAAGCGCACGUGACCCUAACAACGAUAACAUCCACCCUCCUAGCCACGCACCUCGCCCUCCUAGAAACCAGCAUCCGCAUCCUAGAGCAAACCCAACACGGCGCACUAUCCCGGCACGCCAAAUCCUCCGCAGAACUCGUCCGCGCCCGCGCCCAGGUGCUCGGUCUGCAGGCCAAAAUGCAUGCGCUUACCCACGCGCCGCCUGCAGAGUACAUCGCUGCGCUCAAGGCGUUUAAAAAGGCGCUGGGGAGCGGAGAGAGGGCGUUGAGGGAUCGCGAGGGGAUUGCGAGACGCGAGAUGGAGGUCUAUGAGAAGGCUGGGGGGAAGGGCAUGAGGGAUCUUGCGAGGAGGAAGGAGGGGUUGGUACGCGAGAUUGAGAGGGUUGAGGGUGAGGUGGGGAAGUUGGAGGUGGGGAGGGCGAAGUGA